GAGUCCGGGAAACUCAGCCAUAGAUCUUACGACGUCUCUGACUGAAUGUCAGUGAAGCUGGCUCGCGGGACCGCUGUCCUGCCUUACCACUGACUCGAGGUUUCAGUCAGAACUUCAGACAUUUUCUUCUUAUUUACUUUCCCAAAAUGCCCAGAGGCAAGAAACCAGUUUCAGCCGCAGUUCGUUUUUGGGGAUGAUGGUGGGAGAGGCUGGAAUCCUAAUUAGGAUAACUGUAACAAAUGAUUUAUAUAUGCAAAUGGCCCACAGCAAAGGCAAAAAGGAGAUUAUGUAUUAUAAUAUAACAAUAGCAUACCUUGAGAUCAUGUAAUGGCUAAAUUCAUUUGUGGGAAAACUUGGGGAAACGUUUCCUAAAUUUAAACACAUUAAGUAAAUAAUUCCUGGUGAUUUUACAGUGUCGGUUUAGCUAAAUAACUGUAUAUGUUAUUUAUAUAUUGAAGCAGCAAAACAAGUCUCUUGUGGGUCCGUUUUGGCCUGUUGGCCGCCAGUGGCUGACCCCUCAUGACACGCAGUAUUACUGGCUAACCAUGAACCACAGAACUCAAAUCCACUGCUGAUCUCGUGUAAUCCAUCAACUAGUGCUCGUUUCUGCUCAGUAGUGCCACAGUAGCCAGGCGCCUUGCAUCCCCACGUGUUUGUACAGAGGAGGAGGUUGAGGACCACGGGGCAGGAUCUCCGAGAGGGUUGUGAAGUGGGUGGGAUUCUGAACUCCCCGUUUAGUUUAGUGACCUUAUGACGAGCUGGGAAAGAAUGGGGGGGGGAACAAAUGCGCUGUGCCUUUAAGAGUCGAGCAGCGAGAGCUGGCAGUGGGGCCCUGAGUUGAGCUCAAACCAGUCAUAGCCCUGGAACGGCUGCCAGAUGUAACACAGCAGCAACCAGAAACACAGCACAGCAAAGCACAGCUUGCCCCCGCACAACCAGGCAGCGCCACUCGCUUUGCCGAGGAGGGAGACGAGGUUACGGUUACGGCGCCUCAAUCAGUUGGACAUCCUCAGGCACAGGCAGAGAAGAGCAUGCCUAUUUCAGUGUUUUGAAGUUAUGGAGUUGGAAAACACGGCUGAACCGGAGAGCUACAAUGAGAUUCCUCCUGAGGUGGCGGGGCGUCGACGCAGCAUGCCAGGCAGCCCGCUGGACAAGAGCCCCCCCAUGGAGCCCACCCCUUUCAAAGUCACGGGUUUCCUGAGCCGUCGACUGAAAGGCUCCAUCAAGCGCACCAAGAGUCAACCCAAGCUGGACCGCAACAGCAGCUUCAGAAACAUCCUGCCAGGCUUCAGGACUGCAGACAAUGACAGAUCCCAUCUGAUGCCGAGGCUGAAGGAAUCGCGGUCUCACGAGUCGUUGCUCAGCCCCAGCAGUGCAGUGGAAGCGUUGGAUCUCAGCAUGGAGGACGAGGUGUUGAUCAAGCCGGUGCAUAGCAGCAUCCUGGGCCAGGACUACUGCUUCGAGGUUACUACUUCCACUGGAACCAAAUGCUUUUCAUGCCGGUCGUCUGCUGAGAGGGACAAAUGGAUGGAGAACCUAAGGAGAGCUGUACAUCCAAAUAAAGACAAUAGUCGUCGUGUGGAGAACCUUUUAAAAUUGUGGAUUAUUGAGGCCAAGGACCUUCCUGCCAAGAAAAGGUACUUCUGCGAGUUGUGCCUGGAUGACACUCUUUAUGCCCGGACUUCCUGCAAACUGAAAACAGACAAUGUGUUCUGGGGGGAGCACUUUGAGUUCAACAACUUACCGGCCGUCAGCAGUGCCACCGUCCACCUGUACAAGGAGUCGGACAAAAAGAAAAAGAAGGACAAGAACAACUACGUGGGCCUGGUCAACAUUCCCGUCUGCGCCGUGACGGGACGCCAGUUUGUGGAGAAGUGGUACUCCGUGAGCACGCCCAACCCGAACAAAGGGAAAACCCCCGGACCGAUGAUUCGCCUCAAGUCGCGGUACCAGAGCAUGAGCAUCCUGCCCAUGGAGUUAUACAAGGAGUUCGCCGAGUACAUAACCAACAACUACAUGCUGCUGUGCUCCGUCCUGGAGCCGGGUCUCAGUGUGAAGAACAAGGAGGAGAUGGCCAGCGCCCUGGUCCACAUAUUGCAGAGCACCGGCAAGGCCAAGGACUUCCUGACUGACCUUAUGAUGUCGGAAGUGGAUCGCUGUGGGGAGAACGAGCAGCUGAUCUUCAGGGAGAACACGCUGGCCACCAAAGCCAUCGAGGAGUACCUUAAGCUGGUGGGGCAGAAAUACCUGCAGGAUGCACUAGGUGAGUUCAUCAAAGCCCUGUACGAGUCAGACGAGAACUGUGAGGUGGACCCAGGGAAGUGUUCUUCAGGAGACCUUCUUGAGCACCAGAGCAACCUGAAGAUGUGCUGUGAGCUGGCCUUCUGCAAGAUCAUCGACUCCUACCGUGUUUUUCCACGGGAGCUGAAGGAGGUGUUUGCCUCUUGGAGGCAGGAAUGCAGCAGUCGUGGUCGGCCUGACAUAAGCGAGCGUCUGAUCAGCGCCUCUCUGUUCCUGCGCUUCCUGUGUCCAGCCGUCAUGUCCCCGUCUCUCUUCAACCUGAUGCAGGAGUACCCCGACGACCGGACCGCACGCACCCUAACACUCAUCGCCAAGGUCACGCAGAACCUCGCCAACUUCACCAAGUUUGGUAACAAGGAGGAGUACAUGUCCUUUAUGAACCAGUUCCUGGAGCACGAGUGGACCAACAUGCAACGCUUCCUGCUGGAGAUCUCUAACCCAGAGACCAUCUCCAACACGGCCGGGUUCGAGGGUUACAUCGACCUGGGCCGGGAGCUCUCCACACUGCACUCCCUGUUGGCCGAGGCGGUGUCCCAACUGGACCAGAGCACAGCCUCCAAGCUGGGUCCGCUGGCCCGUAUCCUGAGAGACGUGAACUCAGCCCUGACCAACCCGUCUGGAGUCCAAGUGUCCAGUACCACGGAACGGAUGGGUUCUCCCCCCCUCCCCCUGGCAGGGUGCAGCCUCUCCACUGGCCUCCCGCUCCACAAGAUGGUCGUGGACAGCGAGCUGUCUGGGUUGGUGGAUUUCACCAGGCUGCCGUCCCCAACUCCCGAGAACAAGGACCUGUUCUUCGUGACACGGAACUCGGGGGUCCAGCAGUCUCCGGCCAGGAGCUCCAGCUACUCGGAGACCAACGAGGCCGACGCGCAGCUCCCCAACGGCAGCAAGAGUCUGUCCAUGGUGGACCUACAGGACGGCCGCAGCCCGGAGAGCACCCCAGGCCCGGCCGCCCCCGGCGACAGCCAGUCCCCCUCUGGGCCCGGGUGCUGGACGACCCGCCCCACUCAGGGCCUCGUCCCCGGCCUCGUCCCCGGCCUCAUCCCCGGCCCUGGCGCCGGUCCCACCCUGAGGAGGACGGGCCAGACUCCCAACACGGACGGCAGCGCCCCGGCCCCUGGGAGGCCCUCGCAGCUCCUGGCUCCGCUCUCCUUCCAGAACCCAGUGUACCAGAUGGCCACCGGCAUGACCGUGAGCGUCUCCCCCCGGGGGCCCCUGGCCGACUCGGGCUCCGAGGGCCACAGCUCGGUCAGCUCCCAGGGGAACAACGCGGAGGAGGCCCCGAAGCACCCGGGGGUCUUCCUCACCCAGGGGGUGGCGGUAGGUGGCGGGGGAGGCGCCGAGGAUUUUGCGCGGCGCUCCGGCGAGUUCACCGCCCGCCGGCAGCUGUCCCUCACGGAGCCACAGCACCCGUCCAACGUGCCGCGGCAGAACAGCGCCGGCCCCCAGCGCAGGAUAGACCAGCCCCCUCCGCCCGUCACCCGGGGCAGGACUCCGCCCAACAUGCUCCAGACGGCCUACCCAGGACCACGCCCCUCCAGUGGCAGCAUGAUGUCUUCAUCCCCCGACUGGGGGCCCAAUGGCGGCACCCGGAUGAGGCAGCAGUCGUCGUCAUCCAAAGGGGACAGUCCUGAGACCAAGCAGCACACGGCACACAAAGCUCCUUCCCCUGUGAACCCCAAUGCCCUGGACCGAACUGCUGCCUGGCUGUUGAAUAUGAAUGUGCAGUAUUUAGACCAUGAGGGAGUUGACCCAGAUACCAAACACAGGGAAGACCUCCAAAACAUAGAGGAACUCACUCAAACUGAAAAGUACCAACAGGAGAUCGCCAUUCUGCAAGAGAAGCUGCACCUGUCGGCCAAGAAGCUGGAGGAGUAUGAAUGUCACCUGAGUGGCCAGGACGAGCAGACCCAGAAGAUGCUGCUGGAGUACCAGGCUCGUCUGGAGGACACGGAGGAGCGCCUGCGUCGCCAGCAGGAGGACAAGGAGCUCCAGAUGAAGAGCAUCAUCACCAGGCUAAUGUCGGUUGAGGAGGAGCUGAAGAAAGAUCAUUCGGAUAUGCAAUCGAUAGUGGACUCAAAACAGAAGAUCAUUGAAGCCCAGGAGAAACGCAUCGCCUCUCUGGACGCAGCCAACGCCCGCCUGAUGAGCGCCCUGACCCAGCUCAAGGAGCGCUACAGCCUGCAGACACGCAACGGCAUCUCCCCCACCAACCCCAGCAAGCUCCAGAUCACGGAGAACGGAGAGUUCCGGAACAGUGGCAACUGCUAGGGAGCACGGAGGAGGCUGACUGCAAGGUUUGGCCUUGGUGAGGAAGGAGGAUCUAGGGGUGAGGAAGGAGAAUCUAGGGGUGAGGAAGGAGGUUCUAGGGGUGAGGAAGGAGGUUCUAGGGGUGAGGAAGGAGGUUCUAGGGGUGAGGAAGGAGGUUCUAGGUGUGAGCCACACCGAGCGACUCCAGAGAAACAGAAUCAUACUGUACUGUACAAAUCCAUUAUUUUCAAUGGAUGACCUCAUGGUCACAGAAAGGAGUCAUCCAUUACAUACCAGAGGUAGGAUGACAGCUCUCGGUGAACAAUAUAAAGGACUUAUAUAAAAGGACAGAAUGACAUUAGAGGACGCUACAGCAUAACGUCGACAACGCAAGCAAGAUGCAAGAUAUCCCAAACCUUUUCCCACUACAUUUGACAAACUGGUAUCAAAUAGGUUUGUGCUGUUAACUUUGAGAGCCAGUUUUGAAGUGAUUUGAACCAUUAUAUUCAGAAUGUCACUACUUUGAUAUAGCACAGGGUGGACUGAACAUGCUUUCAGAGCUCAUUAAAUACCACCGUACUGAAAUGAGCAACAGUACAGUGAAACACAUCUGUAUGAUAUAUUGUAGCAUUCAUCUUUUAAUUCACUCAAUAGGAGUUGUUUCAGCCCGCUGUGACAGAUGUUGCCAAGGGAACAAUUCUCUCUUAUCAGUUAAAGCCUCAUGUUGACAAGCUUUUGAAAACAGCUUUGGUCAGACAUGUCCUGAAUAUACAUCCCAAUAGCAAGUGUUUCUGUAUUCUACAUGUAUAUCCCCUUCAUAUCUUACCUCAAAUGAAUUUUUGCAUGUAUCAUAUCAGGACUACAGUAGCACAACAAGCUUGCUUUGUUUUGAAACGCUAAUUGUAAUGAAAAAAGCUAAACUAUAGUCUUUUGUUUUUGCAUACUUUGUAUGUGCUUGAAUAUUAGGAUAUUUAGAGGUUUAAAUACCUCAGAGUUGUAUAUAAAAUAUUAUUUUAUAGUAUUUUUAUUGAUUAUUUGGAUGAGGAAUAGUAGUUUGUACAAUAUUGGUUCCUUGUCUUAAACUCAGCUGUUUGAAUAUUACAAAUCAAUUGUAAGAGUUCUGAUUGUAAUUUUAAAUCUACUUCAGUACACAGUUCACGCAUUAUUUCACACAUUAUUCCAUUGUCAUAUGUGGGUAUUGUUUGUUAAAAAUGAACAUUUUAAUAAUGCUGUUAUAUAAUAUUGAUAAACAUAGUUUACUGUUUUGUCAUCUGUGUAUCUAUAUGGUUAAGUGUAGGCCAGACCUUCCCUGUUUGCCGUUUGACAGUGGUGAAUAGAAUAGGACUGAACUAAAAAAAAAUAACAUCCACUCCUCUGUCAUAGCACUCCUGAAACUGAACAAACAUGCACUUUCAAUCAACACAAACGCUUCAAUUUAAAAUACAUUCCAUUUUAAUGAAAGAAUGAAACUGUCUCCCGGACUCUAGAUCCAUAUGGAGUUUCAGGCGGUCAUCUGGUUCAGUGUCAGUCGUUCCUAGUUUCCGUUAGUGAUUAUUGAAGCUACAGGCUUGGAGUGGAUUCAAGGGCUUUUUGUGCAGUCUUAUUUAAGAUGCAGGUAGCUACCUUCAGCAGCCAUCCAAGGUGAUCUCAACAAGUGGUUCUGCAUGGUUUCUUAAUCGAUACUGACUUCCACUAAUCCUCCUAAAAACACAAAUGAUCUGCUUUCAGGAAAUUAGAGACACCUCAAUCAGCUUUUAUUGACAUGAAUCACUGUGUUGAACCGUGGUCUGGUCUGUGGAAAUCUUUAGCUUAAAUAUAUAAAUAUAUAUUUUUUCUGUAUGAACAAGUUCAUUGUUUAAGUAAAGUGCCAUCUAAAAGUAUUCACACCCCUUCACUUUCUCCACAUUUAGAUGUGUUACAAACUUAAUAAAGAAUUGGUUAAAUAUUUAUUUUGCCAUCACAAUAACACAUGAGGAUAAAGUGCUGAAAAGCAUCCCCAUAGCAGGAUACACCUACACCAUGCUUCACUGUAGCGGUGGUAUAAGCCAGGUCAUGAGCGGUGUCAAACUAUUUGGAAGAUGGUUGUCCUUCUGGCAGGUUCUCCCAUCUCUGCAGAGAAACGCUGAAGCUCUGUUAGGGUGGCCAUUGGGUUCUUGGUCACCUCCCUGCUUGGUUACUUAUUUUGGCCAGCUCUAAGUAGUUGGUUCCAAACCUCUUCAAUCGUGCCAUCUGUGCUCCUCCGAUCUAUGAAUGCUUUAGCAUUUUUCUUAUAGCCUUACCUAGAUCUAUGCCUCGGCACAGUUCUACAGGUCUAGAGAGUUCCUUGGAGUUCAUGGCUUAGUGGUUGCUCCAACAUGCAUUGUGAUCUGUGGGACCUUGUAUAGACUGGUGUUGGUCUUUCUAAAUCAUGUCCAGUCCAUUUGACACAGAUGGUCAAUCAAAGAUGGUCAAUCAAAGAUGGCCAAUAAAAGUCCCAACAUUUCUCAGUGUCAUGGCAAAGCGUCUAAAUCCUUAUGUACAUGAUAUAUAUAUGUAUAUAUCGAGAGAGAAAGAGAGAUUUUUAUAGGCACAUUUCUGAAAGGUAAAGGGGUCUGAAUACGUUCUGAUGGCACUGAACAUCAACUUAUUUUAUAAAAAAAAUGUACGAUUAUUUGUAAGAUUGUGUUUAUGUUCUAAAUUAUGUUUGUUUCAAUUAGUUAAAAUAAUUUAUUGAAUUUCUUUAUUGCUGUUAUAAAUAAAAUGCCCUAAUGCUGAAGUGUUAUUUGUCAGAGUAUGAUAGAUUGUGCUGAAACUGCAGGUAUAAAACAUCUGCGUUCUGAGACAAAUGUGCUGCGGUUUCCCUCGAGUGUUCUUACUGCACCCAACCUGCACGAACAAGACAAAAUGUCUUUAGAGGGUUUCCAAUUGAUUUUCUCUUAAGAAGCUAACAGUGUAACCACUUUGGUUUUAUUUUAUUGAAAGGAUAGUAUACUGCACUGCAACUGAAACUGUAGAUCAAAGUCACAGUAAAAUGUAUCUGCAUUGCCUCACACUUCUUUUAGGGAUGUUUGGCCACCAAUUUGCUAAAGAGUACUCACCAAAGCCAUUCUCCUCUCCAUGCCCUAUAUAAUACUGAACAAUAUUUUGCCACAUUCUUACUGGAAACUCCUAGAAACGUUUGUAUGAACAUUAAAAUAAUUGGAUGUGGUAACAAGAAUACUGUAGCCCUACCGUCGUGAGAUAAAAUGUCUGUAAUUUAUGUAAAAAUGCAACUAGAAUUAAAGAUUUAUUUCAUUAUUUUAAUAAUGUAAAGUUCUUAUGUGUUGUUUUCAGAAUCUAAAAUGCACGGAUCAGGAAAAUGUUUAAAAGUAAAAUGACAUAGUGGUACCAUAAAGCAAGUUGAGUCCUUUUAGAUAGUUAUAGUCUACUGGGAUUGAUAUAGCUAAUACACAUACCCCAGAACACAUUUAGCCAGAAAGAUUUGGAUUUUUCUUUCAAUUCUGUCCUCGUACCCUCUUGAAUGCACAGAGGAGGAGGGUAGUCUAGUCCUAGAUAUUCCUGGGACCACUUCCAGUGGGAACUCCAUUAGGUCAUCCAAUGGGAACCACUUUAGGGGUCAUCCAGUAGGAGCCACAUUAGAAGUCAUCCAACGGAAACCACAUUAGACAUCAUCCAGUGGGGACCCCAUUAGGUCAUCCAAUGGGAACCACUUUAGGGGUCAUCCGGUAGGAGCCACAUUAGAAGUCAUCCAACGGGAACCACAUUAGACGUCAUCCAGUGGAGACCCCAUUAGGUCAUCCAAUGGGAGCCACAUUAGAAGUCAUCCAACGGGAACCACAUUAGACAUCAUCCAGUGGGAACCACAGAGGUUAUCCAAUGGGAACCACAUUAGAGGUCAUCCACUGGGGACCCCAUUAGAUGUCACAAAAUAAUGACCACAUUAGAUGUCAUCCAGUGUGAACCCCUUAGAUGUCAUCCAGCGUGAACCCCAUUAGAUGUCAUCCAGUGUGAACCCCAUUAGAUGUCAUCCAGUGUGAACCCCAUUAGAUGUCAUCCAGUGUGAACCCCAUUAGAUGUCAUCCAGUGUGAACCCCAUUAGAUGCCACAGUGACAAAGAGCUAACAUCAUCGAUCAUGCUGCUACUUAUACCAACCUCCUUCAAAGGUCUCCAAUAUGAAUGACUGAACAGAACAUGGAUUUAAAACAAAAUGUCACAUAACCAUUGACCCUGAAUUACUUCUGAACUUCUGUAAUAUGGAGAGGUUAGAUUCUGUCUUAUGUACUGUAAGGUUUCCAUCAGCACAAGAUGUAUUUUAGGAUCCAGUUCCGUUACCGUAAGUAAAUUACAACUGUAAAUCACUGUGCACAAUGGCACUGUGUCAAACCACAAUCAUUGCUGUACUCGAAAGCAUGUCAUGUCAUUCUAAAGCAUGUCAUGUCAUUCUAAAGCAUGUCAUGUCAUUCUAAAGCAUGUCAUGUCAUUCUAAAGCAUGCUUAUCAUGCUGAUUUGUUGCCUUCCACCAAUACAAUUGUUGCUGCGGGUUGUUCUGAAAACAUGAAAAAUAAACAGAUGCUGAGGUACUAAAAGAAUGGCAGUAUUUCCAAAAUCUGUACAUCUGUCAUACUAAAUGACACUCCUUAUUCUACUGUCACCUCAGGCACCUAAGCAGGAUGUCUUACAUAAUAAUCUGUUCAGUUUAUUUUAACCCUAGCGUUUUUUCUGGAGCAUUGUAGCGGUUGUCCUCCCAAAAGGCUCUACAGUCUGAAGGGGUUUGAAACACAAGCAGAGUCAGGCACACAGAACCAGGGAUAGAAAACAAACUCAAGCAAACAUAGUGGGUGGUGGACAGUUAACUGUAUAGAGGGGGUUUAGUAUACACAUGAAACAUGAACAUUUGGUGAAUCCUCGGCAUGUGUCGGCAAGAAAAUGUAAUGUUAUAUUAAAGGACAGGGUUGUUAUGGGAAACUACAUAGUGAUUUAAUCUAUAGUUUAAGUAGAGAUUGUGCACCAAUACAGCAUUUUGAAAGUCUAUUAAAUAAUCUUCAUUAAAUAAAAUGGUUUGGAUUUGUUGUAUGAUGAAGACCUGCAAUUAAGAAUAGCAUUUGAACAUGUCUUUAGUGUUUUUUUUACAAAUUCUAGGAAGACUUGAACCCAUUUGAACAACAUUUCUCAGAGUGUUUAAAAUCAUUGUACAGAACAAAUGUUCUUUCUUUGACAGUCAUUUCUAAAGAUUUUGGAGUAAUUAUUGAUCAA